GUUGGAGUUUAUUUAGCUGGAUCUAUCGUGUGUGUGUGUUUGCUGUGGGUUUGCACACUGACCACUACACCGGCAGGCUUUAAAUAACGUCUGUGAGAAAGGAGCUUCAGUGCAGUCUCAGCUCAUACAGGAAUAGAUGCCGUUUCUUGCCAGUGCUUUAAUAUUCGCCCUUCACACGAAACCAUUAAAUGGCUUUCAGGGCGACUUUAUUUAUUUAUUUUAAUGGGGUGUGUCAAAAGGUGCAGCGUAUUUCGUGCACGUCUGGCGUGCAGCAUCAGCAAAUUCCAGCGAGCGUGGUGACCCAAAUGUCUUUCUGUAAGUCCUUCGUGUCAGAUCCAUGUGACGGUCUCCUGCACACCCACAACAGUUUCAUAAUGGCUGCUCUAUGCACGUGCUCAUUUCAUGUGUUUAUAUUUGUAUUUAUGUACGUGUGAUGCACACACACCUGAGUGCGGAGUUGUGGCCCUUCGACCUCAUUGUGGUAGAACGUUCUCAGUGCUACCGGAUGUGGUGUGUGUUUAAUGUUCAUUUUUAUUUAUUUUUUUAAUACAUCAGACCAGUUACACGACAUGGGUGAGGUAGAACGUGCAAGAGAAGUCUUCUCGUUUAGACACGUCAUCGUGUUAGGAAUAAAUCCAUCGGUUGGAUAGACGCUAGAUUGCAACAUGGACGAGUUCUGUGUUCGUGCCGUGCCGUGAGAUGACCGAAGUGAUGAUCAGCAGCACUCCAAUGGAGGACAUACGGCUCAGCCCAAGCAAAGACCGCCUCACUUUUCAGAUCUUUCCGGAUCCGUCGGACUUUGAGCGCUGCUGCAAGCUGAAAGACCGCCUUCCGUCCAUCGUGGUGGAGGCGACCGAGGGCGAGGUGGAGAGCGGAGAGCUGCGCUGGCCUCCCGAGGAGUUCCUGAUCAGCCAGGGCGAUGAAGAGGAAGAUGAGGAGGAGGAGGAGGAGAUUGACGGGAACGUACAACAAGGACAGCAAACGCAAAGAAAGGACUGAUACAUACGCGCACACACACACACACACACACACACACACACACACACACACACACACACGCACGCACGCAUGCACACACAAGCAUCAUGUAAAAGUCCUUCAGUGAGCAGGGGAUGUGAAGAGGAGGAAAGUGACGAGAUGCCGAUCCUGAUUUCGAAGCUGAUCUCGCACCUGGUGCUAAAUUAAAGCUUUACGAAUAUGGCCCAGUGAUUAUCAACACCCUCACAUCGUGCACUCUCACGUUCACUUGGUAAAAUAAAAUAAUCUCACGCCGAGUUCCUUUUAAGCCACAAAACAAGCCAGCGUCGUCACCCGUCAUCACGCGUUCUCGUCUCUCACGCGCUCUCGCACUCCUCCUUGUUCUCGCACGCACACUUUCUCUCGCACAUAAAUAUCCGUAUAUAUAAUUAUGCAUAUGUUCAUCAGUGACUGAGGAGGACUUUAGUUCCUGGACUUGAUUUUCCGACAAGGGCGAGAUCCCUCAUGAAGAACAUACAGACUUUUAGAUGAUCGUACAGAGCCAGUGUUUUUAAUUUUAUUUUUAUUUUAUUUUUUUUGGAUAAUAAUCAUAAAUGUCUUGAUUUAGGAGGUUAAUAAUGUUGGGGGACUGUACAGGGUUAAAGAGCACUGGCGUUCAGACUGUUCGGUUUUCACUGCUUGAAGAAUGAUUUUCCGAAAUGCAGCGAUUUAAUACUUUCAUGUUCGAGCAGCGGAAUGGAGCCAUGUGGCUUAUUUAGCACUGAAGCUAUAAACUGUGUAGGAUGUUAUUGUUAAUUCUGGUUUUGCCUAGUCACUGUUAUUUGUUUUUGUUUGUCCCCAACCCCCCCCCCAUUUAAUACUGUAUGUAAAUACGUUUUGUACGCAGAAGUAGUCAUUUUCACUGUGAAUAUCUGCAUGUAGUCGUAUGUCUGUACAUAGGUAACGAUUGGCGCUCGGUGGGAGUUAACAAAAAUCCAAAUCACAUAGAAUGAUUUAAUGCUAAUCACAUUCUUCUUUUAAUUCUGUUUAGACGUCGUUCAUUUAGAGUAAAAAUUCCGAUUUGGAUCCAAAGUGUGAUUUUUGAAAUAAUCCUCUUCCCUCAGUGGAAGGUUACAGAAGGUCACCUUGGCACUGAGAGCACCUUUUGUAUAUUGACACAAUGUCUAGCCUUUAUUUUCGUUUUUUGGUCUGUUUGUUGUCUACUUCCUGGCUAUGUAUAAAGGCUUUGGUCUCAGUCUAGGUGUGUAUGCGGGUGUUAUGAGGGUCAAGAAGUGAGUUAAUUAAGUGUGAGGGUCUUCUGUGUGAAUUGCCUGUAGAUUUGCUUUGUAUUUUGUGUACAGCUCAGGGAGAAUAGCUGCCAUUUUCUCUUGGUUUUGACCCCCACCCCCCACCCCCCCCCCCCACCCCCCACCCCUUUUACCACUUGUUGUAAAUAAACAUUUGGAACAUA